AGCGCGCCAGAGCGCGAGGGACCGAGGGAGAGGAGGAGCGCGGGGGCGACGCAGGCGAUCCCGCGCAUUCAUUACUGUAAACAUCUCCCGGGGGUGUCAGGAGGGGUGGGGGCGGGGGCCGCGGCGUCUACAUUAGCCCGGCGCAUCCGAUCGAGGCAGCAGUGAGGUCGGAGCAGCCUCGGGACCCACGCCGGGCCGGCGCAGCACUUGGAGCGAGCCCCGCGCCCGCCCCCGCGCAGCCCCGCGCAGCGCCCUGCUCCCGGCUCCGUGCGGUGGGCUUCCAGGCGCCCGCGGAGCGCCCGCCCGGAUCCCCGGCUGCCCCCCGAGGUCCUCCGCCUCUGAGGAGCCCAGGCGCUGCGGGGCCUCUUUCCGCUGCCUUCCCCGCGCGCCCUGCUUCCUUCGGGACUCGUGGCUCGGUCUAGGCGGAGAGGGGGAGGCAGAGGAGGAAAGGAGGCGGGGGCCGCGGCGCCCGGAGCCGCGAGAAGGUGGCAUGCCCGAGCCCUGGAGGCGGAGGUGGCGGAGGACGGGGGAAGACGAUGCCGCGGCUCCGUAGAGGAGAAAGGCGAGAGCGAGCUAGGCGAGAGGGGCGCCGGGGCUCCGGCCCGUUGCGGGGAGGCGCGCGCCGCUCUGAGGCUCCGGCCUCCGCACCCCCGCGCCCCGACGCUGCGGGCGAGCAGGCUGGGUUUCGGCAGCCGCCACCGUCGCCGCCGCCGCCACUCGGAGGACCCAGCAAAAGUUUGGAUCUGGGGGAGGACGCGGCGCUGAGCGAGAUUACCACCGGGGCUGGAAGGAGACCUCGAGAACCUUCGCAGGACAUAACUGGGUACAGUAGUCAACAAAGGCAUUGGCCAUCAUUCAAGAGGAGACCAGAUCAUUGCCAACAGCACUAAGAUUCGUUUCCACUGAAAUUGAUCUCUGGGUACCUCUCACCUGAUUAUAGACUGACUCAGCAAGAAAGGCCUGUAGUCAUUGGUUGUUUGGAUUUCUCCCAAAGUAUUUGUGGCUAAAAUUCCUUUUGGACUCUGAGGCUGCCUUUUUUUACAUAAGCCUUGGAUUGGAAUCAAUAGAAUGUCAAGAUGCCGGGCACAUUCAGCCUAAUAGCAGAUUGCAGAUUGAGCUUAACCAAGAAGUUCAGAGUCUAAUCAACGCUGAACUGAUCUACAACACGAGAAGGGAGUUCUAGUUCUGCCUGCCCAGUUGGGUCCCUGAUGACCGCUGAUAACUUGGCUUCACUCAUUGCCUGUGUGGAAAAUUCUCCCUAUUGAUUUUUUUUUUUUUUCACAUGGAGGACAGUAACAAAGAAGACAACAUAGGCUGAUAAAACCAGAGACCACAGGAGAAUUCGUUUACCACAGGCCUUUGAGACUUUUCCUCUAGUUGGAGUUCUGGACUUUAACAGAACCCUGUCCAGUCAUUUUGGUUUUGUUAUAUAUAUAUAUAUAUAUAUAUUUUUUUUUUUUCCUCUUUUUACUUUCCCCACCACCUUGUAUUUUGUUUCUGUACUUCAGAAAUGGGCCUACAGACUACACAGUGGCCCAGCCAUGGGGCUUUUUUCCUGAAAUCUUGGCUUCUCAUCUCCCUGGGGCUCUACUCACAAGUGUCAAAAAUCUUAGCGUGCCCUAGUGUAUGCCGUUGUGAUAGGAACUUUGUCUACUGUAAUGAGCGAAGCUUGACCUCAGUGCCUCUUGGGAUCCCGGAGGGCGUAACCGUACUCUACCUCCACAACAACCAAAUUAAUAAUGCCGGAUUUCCUGCAGAACUGCACAACGUCCGGUCCGUGCACACGGUCUACCUUUAUGGCAACCAAUUGGAUGAAUUCCCCAUGAACCUUCCCAAGAACGUCAAAGUUCUCCAUUUGCAGGAAAACAACAUUCAGACCAUUUCACGGGCUGCUCUGGCCCAGCUCUUGAAGCUCGAGGAGCUUCACCUGGAUGACAACUCGAUAUCCACAGUGGGGGUGGAAGACGGGGCCUUCCGGGAGGCUAUUAGCCUCAAACUGUUGUUUCUAUCCAAGAAUCACCUGAGCAGUGUGCCUGUGGGGCUUCCUGUGGAUUUGCAAGAGCUGAGAGUGGAUGAAAAUCGAAUUGCUGUCAUAUCAGACAUGGCCUUUCAGAACCUCACGAGCUUGGAGCGUCUGAUUGUGGACGGCAACCUCCUGACCAACAAGGGCAUUGCCGAGGGCACCUUCAGCCAUCUCACCAAGCUCAAGGAAUUUUCAAUUGUUCGGAAUUCACUCUCCCACCCCCCUCCUGAUCUCCCAGGUACACAUCUGAUCAGGCUCUACCUGCAGGACAACCAGAUCAACCACAUCCCUUUGACAGCCUUCUCAAGUCUGCGCAAGCUAGAACGGCUGGAUAUAUCCAACAACCAACUGCGCAUGUUGACUCAAGGGGUCUUUGAUAAUCUCUCCAACCUGAAGCAGCUCACUGCUCGGAAUAACCCCUGGUUUUGUGACUGCAGCAUUAAAUGGGUCACGGAAUGGCUCAAAUACAUCCCUUCAUCUCUCAACGUGCGAGGUUUCAUGUGCCAAGGGCCCGAGCAAGUCCGGGGGAUGGCUGUCAGGGAGCUGAAUAUGAAUCUUUUGUCCUGCCCCACCACGACCCCUGGGCUGCCUGUCUUUACCCCGGCCCCAAGUACAGCCUCUCCAACGACUCAGCCCCCCACCCUCUCUGUCCCUACCCCCAGCAGAAGCUAUACACCCCUGACUCCCACCACCGCCAGACUGCCUACAAUUCCUGACUGGGACGGCAGAGAAAGAGUGACACCGCCUAUUUCUGAACGGAUCCAACUCUCUAUCCAUUUUGUGAACGACACGUCCAUUCAAGUCAGCUGGCUCUCUCUCUUUACUGUGAUGGCGUACAAACUCACAUGGGUGAAAAUGGGCCACAGUUUAGUAGGGGGCAUCGUCCAGGAACGCAUAGUCAGUGGUGAGAAGCAGCACUUGAGCCUGGUUAACCUAGAGCCCCGAUCCACCUAUCGGAUUUGUUUGGUGCCCCUGGAUGCUUUUAACUACCGAGCUGUGGAAGAUACCAUUUGUUCUGAGGCCACCACCCAUGCCUCCUAUUUGAACAAUGGCAGCAAUACUGCUUCCAGCCAUGAGCAGACGACUUCCCACAGCAUGGGCUCCCCUUUCCUGCUGGCGGGCCUGAUCGGGGGCGCAGUGAUAUUCGUGCUCGUGGUCUUGCUCAGUGUCUUUUGCUGGCACAUGCACAAAAAGGGGCGCUACACGUCCCAGAAGUGGAAAUACAACCGGGGCCGGCGGAAAGACGACUAUUGCGAGGCAGGCACCAAGAAGGACAAUUCCAUCCUGGAGAUGACCGAAACCAGCUUUCAGAUUGUCUCCUUAAAUAACGAUCAGCUCCUUAAAGGAGAUUUCAGACUGCAGCCCAUUUACACCCCAAAUGGGGGCAUUAAUUACACAGACUGCCAUAUCCCCAACAACAUGCGAUACUGCAACAGCAAUGUUCCAGAUCUGGAGCACUGCCACACGUGACCGCCAGAGGCCCGGCGUCAGGAAGGCGGACAGUGAGACUCUGGCGACCACACACGUGUGUACACAGAGAGACACGCGAUUACAUUUGAUAAAUGUUACCCAGAUGCAUUUGUGCAUUUGAAUACUCUGUAAUUUAUACGGUGUACUAUAUAAUGGAUUUAAAAAAAAAAGUGCUAUCUUUUCUAUUUCAAGUUAAUUACAAACAGUUUUGUAACUCCUUGCUUUUUAAAUCUUAAAAAAAAAAAAAAUAGUCGCUGAAGUACUGUACAGGGUUGUACAAUGAGAACCCAACGCCAAGGCAAAAGACGGAGUGAUUCUUCCUCAUGAUGCACAUUAACCAUUUUGCUGUGGAAGCUGUCAGAAUAAAUUCCUUUCUUACAGUCGGUGGUCAGAUGAAAGGGCAGAUUAGAGUGAACUCAUCAGGGUAGGCUAAGUGAUGUGGGUAAAACAAGAAAUGGCCCAGAUACCUUCAUGCUAUUUCUGCACUUCCUGAUCUGGAAGAGAAGUUAAAAAUCUCGAAAUAUCAGAAAGGAGGUAGUUACCCUGGUUUGACCCAAAGCAGGAAAUAUAGAAAAGCAUCACGAGGAAGCCCGUUCCUGUAAGAUAAGUUAACCCAACCCGGCAGAAUCCAGCAAGUGACAUGUUUGGAAAAGAACUUCAAACCCGGGCAUUGGCUUUCUGACCAGGAGCUUAAAAAUCACUCCUCAUGCUUCCCUGAUUCUAUGUGAUAACAGAGUUAGAGACUUGAGUCUGAUUUCGGUCAUCUUCAGGGACAGGUAGGAUGUUCCAGCAAGAAAACUCCCUUUAAAAGUGUUACUAUUCAAAUCAUAUGUCAGGUUGAAUCACAUUCAACAGAGAUAUAUUCUAGAAUACUUUUUUAGAAGAGGCUAAUAAAAUAAUGGGAAGAAUUAUAUUGAAUGGAAUUAUUUUUGAUAAUGAGAAUUAUUUGGGUUAGAUUCACUGCAGCUAUGUCAACAUGAUAUUUAGACCAACAAGAGAUUAGUGUUUGGAAUAUACUAAACUUGUUAUUUAAAAACUAUUGAUACCAUUUAGACAAAAACAAGUGAUCAGCAGUUCUGCUCUACUUUAUCAAAUGACUGUGUUAGUAUCAUGUUGAAAUAGCUUGAAUUAAUAUCUUUAUCCCCUCGCAAAUUUGUCUUCCAAUCACCUCACAUAUAUUUUCGUAAUUAGCUGUUUAUGCUACAUUUGUUUGUUUGUUUUCUCCCACUCUGCUUAAAAUUUAAAAGAAAAUUUUGGAUGCCAGUCUUGGUUGCACAAAAUAUCCGUAUAUACUUAUACACUUUAAAAUGUAUAGUAAUUUUCAGUGUUAAUAAUUCUAUGGGAACACAUCAAAGCUGGCUGAAAUAAUGUUUUGUUUUGUUUUUUAAGCAAUACUGAGUUUCCACCUUGGACUGAUUUUGAUCCUGUUCCAUUUUUGAAAUUUCAUUUAUUCCUUUUCAGUCUUGGAUGUUCCUCUUCUUUGGGAAUCAUAGAGGGAUAAUCAAUCUUUUAUUAACAGGAUAACAUGAAAAAUGAACAAGUCAGGGAACAUAGGCUUGUUCCCCUAAUCUUGGCAGAGUGGGGCAUAGAGCAGAGGGCAUAGAGAAGGGAGGGAUGUCUGUGCUUAACUCUAGAUAUUUUGGAAGCAAUGCCCAUCUUCACAAACUAUGUAUAAUUUACUCCUUUUCAUCCCUUAGAUGUAGAAGGGCUAUCGAUUGCAUACAUUAUCUAAAAAACACACACCCUUGGAAAAUUCCUUCUAAAGUCAAAUUUCACCGUGUUGCAUAUUUCCUUUACCACUGGCCAUUUUUUAGGGACCUAUGAAGUUAAUGUCACAAUCAUUUUUGCUUUUCUCUCUCUCACUCACUUUUAACAAAAUAGAACUGUGAUGUGUCUUCUUUGUAAGAGUUUAGGUAUAAAAUGCUAUGCAAGUUUUUUCUUUAUAGUAAGAGCUUUAUUUUCUUUAAUAAUGUACCCCCAACUUAUAUGUUUUAAUCUCCCUUGUCUCUCAGAAUAAGCAGAAAAUAUAACUGAAGUUAUAAUGUUGUAGAAGCAAGAAUCGAAACCGCAGUUGAGCUGAAAUUAGCUAUGCAUUAAUUUGAAUUAAUUCUAAAGUGACUUAGGUUUCCAUUUUAGUAUAUUAGCUAGCAAAUUUUGGCUGUUGCUUUUUUAAAGCUAAUUCCACACAGCGAAGGGACAAGACAGUCUGUGAAGGUGAUCAGUGUAACAGUAAGCCAUGUAACAUUCAGGACAAUGACAUGGGAUUUUGUGUACUUAACUGGAUAAUUCCCUUCCACUGUGCUCUUCCCCUUGGCUGUGUAGAUAAAACUCUGUGUUCAAAUGAUGGUACUUUGAUUUCUGAGGGUUUUUUUCUCUCUGAUCCACAAAAUAAUCAUUCUCAUUUAUUUCUAUUGCGUGUAUAACUCCGGUGUGAUAUUUGGCUGCUGAAACGUUUUGCUUUGGGCCAAGAAGACCAAUAUUGGAGAGGUUUCUAUGAUGUCUUAUGGGAUUCCUAGAAUUAUUUGGGGCUUAACUGGUACAAUGAAGACCUAGUCACUUGAAAUGAUUCCUUUGCUAGAAGAUGUUCCAGAAAACAUAGAAUGUAGUUAAUAGGUUUCACUUUGAUCUUGCACAUAAUGUGGCAGAGAUUGCUAAAUCUAAGAUCAAUCUCCCAUUUGUCAUAACAUACCCGGGGCUCUCACUUACAGCAGGAUAGAAAGCACGUCACGGGAUUUGUAAUGUCUUAUGUGUCUUAGGAAAACUGCUGAAUAACCAAUCAUCAGUGUUGGAUUAGGCUUUGACUGGCAUUUUCAGUCACAGGAAUGUGUUCUACUCUGUACUUUAGCCUCUCUUGCUGUCAUUGGUUCGUAUUUUGAGAUUAGUCAAGAGUCACAGUUGAAAGUGCAGGCCAAGUCUGUGAACAAAGCCAUACAUAAGCUACUGGCUUAUAAAGAGCUUGAUACCAUUUGACCAAACAAGGUGAUCAGAUAAUACACAGCCACUUUCAGAGCUAGGGAACUGUCACUGUGCAGAAACAAUUCUAAAAGGAAAAGGUAUAGCCAUGAUCACACAGAUGUUAUUGAUGAUUAUUCAUACCUAGGGUUGUCAUUAAUACCUAUUUGUUUGGGGAAAUGUGCUUGAACAGAGAGAGGCUCUGGGCUUCCCUCAAAAAUGCAUUAACAGCUCAUCACAAAAGACAGUCACGGGCAGAGACAAAAGUGUGUUUCCCUGCCUAAUUUCCCUGUGUGAGAAGUGGAAAACAUUCUAUCCCAUGAGAAAUAAUGCAAUUUCUAGUUAUCUGGAUGUUCAUUGAAAAUAUAUUAGAUAUAUUUCCUGAGGUAAAAACAGAAACAAACAAACAAACAAACAAAAAACAAAACAAAACAAAAAACCCUGUGAUGUGACUAGUCUGGCAAAAUUAUUAACGAAGUAGCUAAUUCUAAGGCUCCAUUUCUUAUCAGUGCAGAUCAUGAUGGUCUUAGUCAUUUCACAAGAUCACAGCUUACUUCCCCUCUGUGGAGAACCAGCUCUGCAUGUAGCCAGCAGGACACCCAGUCCAAACAUAAGUUACGGGGAACAGUUGCUGGGUUAGUUUGGGGAACAUCAGCUGGAGAGCUCAGUGUAACUUUUGACCACGAAGUGGUUAAUUGCCAUUGACAUCUUUGUUUAUAGCAUUUUUCGGGAACCUACAACAAGGAGGCAUUACUUUAGAACGUGAGAAGAAUGGUUUUGCCCAUGAUUUUCCUGCUUCAUGGGCAAGCUAAGCAGUUUCAUUGUGCCCCAAAGGGAAAGAGAUACAAACACAAAACAAAACACUCUCCUAGUUCUUAAUCUUUGUCAAAACUGGCCUGAUAUUCUUUUUUUUUUUUUUUUAAGUCAAAA